AUCAGUCAUGGGCCACUCCAUCCGCUUCAUCCAACUCGUUUUCUCUUUCACAGCUUUCUCCAAUCUACAGCUUGUGGCCUAAAUCUGCUCACACCCAAAUCCCAAAAUUCUCAAAAAAUACCAACAAAUCGCAGAAAACUGAAGAAUAAACUGAGAGAGACCAAUGGCAAAUUCUCUCCCCGGCGUCUGUUCUCCAUUCUUAUCCUCAUCCUCUCAUCCAAAGCUCUCCCUCCCUCAUAAGACCCAUGCAAGAAGUCAGAGGCCGCCAUUGUCUUAUCCUCGCAUAAGAGCUCUUGAUCUUGACCAGGACACUGUGAUAGCUAUCACUGUUGGUGUUGUUAGUGUUGCUGUGGGCGUUGGGAUCCCUGUGUUUUACGAGACGCAGAUUGAUAGUGCUGCUAAGAGGGAGAACACACGGCCUUGUUUCCCUUGUAAUGGGUCUGGAGCUCAGCAAUGCAGAUUUUGCACAGGCGUUGGUAAUGUGACUGUUGUUCUUGGUGGAGGUGAAACUGAAGUCUCAAAAUGCAUCAACUGCGGUGGCGCAGGUUCUAUAACCUGCACCACUUGCCAAGGCACAGGAAUUCAGCCUCGCUAUCUUGAUCGCAGGGAAUUCAAGGACGAUGAUUAAGCUCGAUUUUUGAGUAAUUUAUACUUGGGACAUAGAGUUUUAUGAAGAUCAUUUUGCCAGGCACGAAGAUUUAGUCUGUGUAAUACCCACUGAAGCUUUAUUUCAUUACCGAAGGAAGCUCUUGUUAUGUGCAGUUCUGAGUUUUGUUUCCCUUCUCCUUUUCCAAAUAUGUAUGGAUCAAUGACAUCCUAAAUAUGUUUUUCGUUAUUACGUAUAACGUAAUAGUUAUUUCUGAUCAUGUACAUCAAGAACUGAACCAUUUUAUUUUCCUGAAUAUAAAUGAUAAUUGUUCAAUCCUCAUGAUUGAGGAAUACUA